CUGAAUUUUCGAUUAAAAAAAAAAAAUCCCUGGUAGAGCCUGGUAAUUAAUGUCUGUAAUCCUAGCACUCUGGGGGACCCUUUGAGCUCAGACGUUCAAGACCACCCAGAGCAAGAGUGAGACCUCAUUUCUACUAAAAAUAGAAGAAAUUAGCAGGGGUUGUGGCCAGUUCAGGGCGCCAGUAGUCCCUGAAGGCUGAAGCAGGAGGAUGGAUCACUUUGAACCCGAGUCUGAGGUUGCCGUGAGCUAGGCUGAUACCAAAGCACUCUCUCUAGCCAGGGCAACAGAGUGAGACUGUCUCCAAAAAAAAUACAAAAUCCCAAACCUAAUCUAGACCUCUGCCUCACAGGGUUAAAUCACUAGAAUAUAAUCAAUUUACCCAUUUUACAAGACCAUGAUGUUGAAACAUGACCCCUUAAUUUAAGUGUCCUCCUCAGGAGUUCCACUGAGGAAAAGUCCCUUUUUGGAAACCACAGAAGGAAAACUCAGGAUUAGUGGUACUCAUUUAGCUGGAAGGAGCUUUUCCACUUGGCUGCAUGGUUUAUUUCAUACCGUAUGUUUCUAUCUUGGACUCUCCUCCCUUAAUUACGACAAGAGGUGUUUCUACUGUAUCAUCCUGGCAGGAUGUACUGUUGACCCCCCAAAUGCCACGUAAUGGUGCUUGGGACACAGGGAGAUGCAUCAGUUCGAGAUAUCAGCAUAAGCACUUGGCAUUUUUUUCUUUUGCAAACAAGACACCCGUAUACUAUGAUUUGCAAAAACAAUAAGAUCACUGAGAAAUCUCAUUCCCAGCGCAGAAACUGUCUCCUGUGAGAAGGAGCUGGCAUGGAGUGUCUAACUGUGCAGACAGAACUGGCUUCCAGGUUGACAAGUUGUAACUGCGCUUCCCCAGUUGGCACCGGGAGCUUUUCCUAAGGCUGACGUCCCCCACGUUUGGAGCAUUUUACGUACCACCCAAAAAACUUCUGUGAUCUUUCUGCUGGGGGGAGCAGGGGAGGUGAUAAAAAGACAACAACAACCCAGAAGGAAAUAACCCAUUUCCUCUUGCAAACCAUUCUCUCUGGCUACAGAACAGGUCGGCUACACCAGCGCUUUCCUGCGGCCGGCAGCCCCGGGAACCUUGGAAGUUGCGCGGGACCAGCCGUCAGCAGCUGACAGUUCUGACCGUCAAGGAAACUUGACAGAAACACGAAGCCCUCAACCAUCUGGAGCACAGAAACUGAACUUGGGGCUGACGGCGGCUUCUAGAAUAUCCAGGUGUUCUGCAGAUGCGAGAAUUCAUCCUGUAGUCACCAGAUGGAGUCCCAAAGAGAUGCAAAGCUUGUGCUAUGGCUCUAACACUCCUGAAUACAGACGGGCCACUUUCUAGAUGUCAAAGAGCAGUCAUUGACAUAGCUGUCUGUCGAGCGUAACCGUCACCUUACUGUGAGCUGUGAUGGGGAAACUGAUUACAGAAGAUCAAGCCAAAUUAGGAGUUGCAAAUUUCCUGACUCUCUUGAAUUAGGAUUCCAGAUGGGGCACUUAUUUGUGUAGUCCCCAUCACCUUUGCAGGCAUUGUCACCGCCACUACCACUGUCACCAGUACUGUCUUGCAAACUCCAUCCCUACUCCUCAGGGACUUCCUGCUUUGCAAGUGAACAGAAAAGGAGCUCUUGGAAAAGUCUCAACAAUUGGGACCCUACCGUCACCACCAUGGCCUGGCUUUUCUCAAAGAUUUUGUUGGUGGGAGUGAGUUUGUCAGGAUUUCUUUAUCCUUUUGUGGAUUUUUAUAUCAGUGGGAAAACAAGAGGCCAGAAACCGAAUUUCGUGAUCAUUUUGGCCGAUGACAUGGGGUGGGGUGACCUGGGAGCAAACUGGGCAGAAACAAAGUACACUCCCAACCUCGAUAAGAUGGCUUCAGAAGGAAUGAGGUUUGCAGAUUUCCACGCAGCUGCUUCCACCUGCUCGCCCUCCCGAGCCUCCUUGCUCACUGGUCGGCUGGGCCUUCGCAAUGGAGUCACACACAACUUUGCAGUCACCUCUGUUGGGGGCCUUCCGCUCAAUGAGACCACACUGGCAGAGGUGCUGCAGCAGGCCGGCUACGUCACUGGGAUGAUAGGCAAAUGGCAUCUUGGGCACCACAGCUCUUAUCAUCCCAACUUCCGUGGUUUUGAUUACUACUUUGGAAUCCCAUAUAGCCACGAUAUGGGCUGUACUGAUACCCCAGGCUACAACCGCCCUCCUUGUCCAGCAUGUCCACAGGGCGCCCGACCACCCAGGAACCUCGAGAGAGACUGUUACACUGAUGUGGCCCUUCCUCUCUACGAAAACCUCAGCAUCGUGGAACAGCCAGUGAACCUGAACGACCUUGCAAAGAAGUACGCUGACAAAGCCACCCGGUUCAUCCAGCAUGCGAGCACCAGCGGAAGACCCUUCCUGCUCUACGUGGCCCUGGCCCACAUGCACGUGCCCUUAUCUAUGACCCAAAGGCCAGGAGCCCCAAGGGGCCAAAGGCUGUAUGAUGUGAGUCUUCAGGAGAUGGACAGCUUGGUGGGCCAGAUCAAGGACAAAGUUGACUGCACAGCCAAAGAAAACACAUUCCUGUGGUUUACAGGAGACAACGGUCCUUGGGCUCAGAAGUGUGAGCUGGCGGGCAACGUUGGUCCCUUCCUUGGGUCCUGGCAAACUCGUCAAGGGGGAAGCCCAGCCAAGCAGACUACUUGGGAAGGCGGGCACCGGGUCCCGGCACUGGCUUACUGGCCCGGCAGAGUCCCAGUCAAUGUCACCAGCACUGCCUUGUUGAGCGUCCUGGACAUCUUCCCCACGGUGGUAGCCCUGGCCCAGGCCAGCUUGCCCCAAGACCGGCACUUUGAUGGUGUGGACAUCUCCGAGGUGCUCUUUGGCCAGUCAGAGGCUGGGCACAGGGUGCUGUUCCACCCCAACAGCGGGGCAGCAGGAGAGUUCGGAGCCCUGCAGACUGUCCGCCUGGAGCAUUACAAGGCCUUCUACGUGACGGGUGGAGCCAAAGCAUGUGAUGGGAGCACUGGGCCUGAGCAGCAUCACGAGCCUCCCCUGAUUUUCAGUCUAGAAGAUGAUACUGCAGAAGGUGUGCCUCUAGAGAGAGGUGGUGCCGAGUACCACGCGGUGUUGCCCAAGGUCAGAAAGGUUCUUGCAGACAUCCUUCAAGACAUUGCCAAUGACAAUGUCUCCAGAGUGGAUUACACUCAGGACCCUUCAGUAACUCCCUGCUGUAAUCCCCUCCAAAUUGCCUGCCGCUGCCACACUAUGUAACAGAUGAGUUUUUCCACAAGGAGGAAUGUCUGGAAAUGAGAUAGGCAAGUUCACUCCUAGACUUCAGUUUUACCUUCUUUACAAACAUGCUUUAAAAAUAAGUCUUGAAAUUUACUAGUAGUUUUGUAGCCUCCCCACCCCCUGCAUAGCGUCCCUCCUCCAUCAGAGGAGAGCUUGCUGUUAUGGAGCACACGGGCUUUGGAGGCUGUCAGGGGAAGCACACGAGCUUUGGAGUCAGGGUCAGGUUCAGGCCCCAGCUUUUGAAUUUGGGCAAUCAUUUAACCUAACUUGCAAGUUGAUUUUUGAGGAUUAUGUAAGCCAAUACAUGAAAAUGUCUGGCAUGUUACCAGAUACAGAGCAGAUACUCAAUAUAUUCUCGUUUCCUUUUUUAUGUACCCAGUUUCUCUGAUCAUUUUAGUGUAGACUCAUUCCAACCAUUAUGGAGAACUUCUCCAUCUUUAACAUGCAUGCAAAUCACCUGUAAAAACCUGACCCAGCAGGUCUGGAGUGGGGCCUGAUACCCUGCAUUUCUUGUAAAUGAUGCCCUGAGUGGCCUGCAUCUAGCCUACAUAAAGUUACAUCUGUUCCCUUCCCCUCAUUUUAAGCAUCAUAUGACUGUAUUUUAAAGAUUUUUGUGUUCUUCCUGCCCCUUGAAACCUCAAAGAGGUGAAAUAAAAUUUUGAAAGCCUCAAAAAAAUGC